UCUUUCUCCAGCCCCCUUCCUCCCUCACAACCGACAAGUCAUCACUCAGCCAUCAACGUCUCGAUCUUGUGCAUUUUCGGCUCACCCCUUUGGCCAUGGGGUGGUAUCUUGGCCGGGUUCUCGGCAUCCACUAGUUCAUGGACAGGCGACCAUCAUAGGCCUCAAGCUCUUUCUUCCUCGCAUUCUAUUUCAUUAUUUCAGCUCCCUCGUCCAUUUACUGCGCUUGCUUUGCGUUCCUGCACUGCAUAUGGCCUGAACACCCCGCCCAAGGUCGGGUUGACCAACGAAGCGAUUCAACCAUUUUCGAUUUUUUUUUCUUUCUUUUUUUUCUCUCCCUCCUUUCCGUUCUCUCACGCACAACCAACCGGUUCCCUUUCUACACUUGGAGACACAUCGAACCGUCCCUCACCCAAGGACUACAUUCACCCUCCUGGUGAGACGGUCAACCGUACCAUCAUGGCCCUCACAGAGACCAUCACCAUCAUUAAUAACUCCGGGAAAAUCAUCAGUACCGGCAGGGAACUCCUCGGCGUCUUCAAAGAAGCCAAAGCCUCUUACCAGGCCAAAAAAGCUGCCAUCCGGGCCGAUCGCGCUUUUCUCCAGCGCUCCCAGACUUUCGAUGCCCACGCACCUCCCGCCGUUGAUGUCGCCUACCAACGCCCCGUCCCUCAAGGCCUCGCCCGCCAGUACUACGACGACAACUACGCCCAACCAUUCGACGAUGCUCGCUCGCAAGUUUCCCACCGGUCCUAUCAGUCCUAUCGGUCCCACCGGUCCGCCCGUACCGCCUUGACCGCCGACAACCUCCGUUCUCACUCCGAAGUCGCCUCUGUCCCUCCCUCACGUGGGCCCCCGCCGGCUUACCACUCACCCUACGCCGAGACCGCCCCUCGCGACAUGACUUUGAGCCGUCCGACCCUGCACCACACCCAUCUCGCAACCCCUUCGGUCGCCAUGCCUUCUGCUCACCCCCGUCAUCCUCACCCUCCCCCGCCAGGACCCGGUCAUCUCGUCAGGAGUGCCACCUUCGACGUCGCCGACAGGCCCCGCAAAGUCAAGGAAAUCGACAUGAACCUAGCCUACGGCAACGUGCCCCCGGAUCUCGCGACCCGCGUCGACCUCGACCCGGCCUACCAGGGCAAGACGAGGGAAGUCGAGGCCAAAGGUCUCAUCCAGCACGUGGAACACAUCCUCGACGAGACCCAGUGCGUCGGCCAUUCCGCCACCGCCACCAUCAAGCGCCUCCAGGACGACCCCAAGGCCGCCGCCGCCGUCGCCCUCUCGCUCGCCGAGCUCAGCAAGCUGGUCGGCAGUAUGAGCCCGGCCUUCCUGGGCGCGCUCAAGGGCGGUUCGCCCGCCGUCUUUGCCCUGUUGGCGUCUCCCCAGUUCCUCAUCGCCGCCGGUGUCACUGUUGGCGUCACUGUCGUCAUGUUUGGGGGGUGGAAGAUCGUGAAGCAGGUUAAGGAGAGGAAGGCUCUCCAGGCAGCGGCGGCGGCCAAUGCUAUCGCUUAUCCGCAGAUCAUGCCGGGGAUGCCCGUGCCGGAGGCGGGGUACCCGAUGGGACAGUUGCAACCGCAGCAGCAGCAACCGUACGGAUACCCGGAGACGAUGGUGGCACCCGACGGCGCGUACCCCCGCGGCUACGCACAAGAAGGCUACGAGCCAGGGUAUGAACAAGGUUAUGGAGAGGUCUACCCAGAAGGCUACACCGUCGAGGGAGGCGACCAGGAAGGAUUUGACGAGGCCGUCGUGUUGGAAGAGCAGUUAAGCACCAUCGAGACGUGGCGACGCGGCAUCGAGCCGCUGGGCGACGGAGAGAUCGCCGACAUGGAGCUGAUCAGCCCCGAGGCCGAGCGGGCCGUGAGGAAGCAGCGGCGGCAGGAGGAUCGUGAGAGGCGGGGAGACCACGCCCAUGAUGACGACGCCGACGACGCCGAGUCCCGAUCGGGACGGACGGAGACGAGUUCCAGGACGCACCGGAGCCAUAGGUCCCACAGGUCGCACAAGACGCAUCAUAGCCGGCGGGAUAGGGAUCGCGAGUCGGAAGACCGGGACCGAGACCGGGACCGAGAUAGGGAGCGAGAGCGAGACCGUGAGAGGGACCGGGACGGGGACAGCCUGGCGGGCAGCCACCGCAGCCACAGGAGUCACCGGUCGAAGCGGUCGGCGCGGCCUAGCACGCUGGCCAUCGAGGAAGGUCGGGAGGACGAUAUGAAUACGGGCUUGGAGGCCGUGUUGCGGCCGAAGAAGGAGAACAUGCUCAAGUCGCUGUUUAAGAAGAAGGAUAAGGGGGAUCGUGGGAAGGAGGAUAGGGUGUCGGCCGUUGUUUUCUGAGCCAAGGCAAUGUUAGACUGUUUGGCUUUUGUAUGGAACCCAACCCUGCCUGCCGAACGGUUAAUUGGGCAUCUCACCGCAGAGGAGCGGCUUCUUUAUGGAAACAUGAACCCUACUCUAGAGAUAGGAAACUCAAGAGACUACCUCUGGUAACAACCCCACACCCAACCAACUCAGGAGCAGAGUCGAUACGGUGGAUAACUUGGCAAAGACGCCGAUAGUCCAAGGUCAACUAAGGAUGAUCCCACGAAAAGGAGUAGCGAUGAAUUAUCAAGGAUGAGUUGUAUAUCUGUGUUGCAUACUCUAAGUCUAUAUGCAUCGAACGAAGGUAGAAGCAAGGAAAGAUGGUCUAUCUAGUACAAAAAUCUAAGACGAUGAAAGAU